CUAAGUGAACAUCUGUGGGGGCAGAAAUUAAAUUAAGAUCAGAGGGCCGCCUGCCUUAUUAUUGUUAAUGGUUCUAGCCUGACCCAUCCCUAGGUUCUGCUCUUAGGGAAAUUUUGGGGUCUGGACACCCUAUCUUGUUCCCAAAGUUUAAUUGGUUCCUGGCUGUCUCAUGCCAAAUUGGAGAUGUUCUAAUAGAACACCCAAAGGUUCAGGUUCUAGGGAGAAAGCCUGACUUGUGCCUCCAUUUUCUAGGGAGGCACCUCAUGCCCUGGCUACAGGAAGCAGUCACGUGUGGACCCUUUAUUAGACCCUGCCAUAUAAGCUCAGGGCACAAGUGGCCAGGAAAUUCCUAGGCAAGAAUCAGCAAGCAAAGGCCAUGCUGACUACACUGUUGCUGAGUUGGGUCCUGCUGCUGGCACUGCCUCCCACACUGGGGGUCCAGAUGGGCGUGGCACCACUGAAGGGCAUCAGAAGGCCUGACCAGGCUCUGUUCCCAGAGUUUCCAGGUCUAAGUCUGAAUGGCCUAAAGAAGACAACUGCAGACCGAGCAGAAGAAGUUCUGCUGCAGAAGGCAGAAGCUUUGGCGGAGGUGCUAGAUCCACAGAACCGCGAGUCUCGUUCUCCGCGUCGCUGUGUAAGGCUUCACGAGUCCUGCUUGGGACAGCAGGUACCUUGCUGCGAUCCGUGCGCUACGUGCUACUGCCGCUUCUUCAAUGCCUUUUGCUACUGCCGCAAGCUGGGUACGGCCACGAACCUCUGCAGCCGCACCUAGCCAACGGAUGUUGGG